GAAUUUAAGUAGUUUUGAAAGUCUCAUUAUUCUGAAGUUGUUUUUUAUUACAUUUCAAAGUUAUGAAAUGACAAAUUCAAAAAAAUCUGUAUUUAAUCAAUGAAUAAAUUUCACGUAGUAGCUUGCCAAAUCUAAACUUUCUGAACCCGCCGAAAUGGAUGAACACCCUCGUGUGCCGAAGGGAACUCGAUGCACGUCAUUUUGUUUUCCAGCAAUCCAGAUCCGUGCGCUACUUCUUGGGCGAGAAGACAUCCCAUGCCAGCCCGCAGGGAUAAAUAACAACCCACACCCGAAUCCUCACAAGAAACUAGACCAGACCACGGCGAACUAUGUGCAUGGUGCUAACUGACACUACGACUAACGCAUGCUGACAGUGCUCAGACGCUGGAUACAGCCCGCAGACAUCCAACUCGGAUCGUAUCCGAUUCUGCCCCAUAUAUAUAACCCUCAGCCGAUGGCUGGGAGCCAAACAGUUGAGGCCGGGCCACUUGGCAGAGAUAUACCACACACUCCCUGAGGGACUCACGCAUCCACACUCAAACACCACUCCAUCACUCAUGGGCAUCGAGAUGAGGUGUCAGGGCAGGAGGAUCCUGCUACCCAGCCUGCUCCUGCUAAUCCUCAUGAUCGGCGGUGUCCAGGCCACCAUGAAGUUGUGCGGCCGCAAACUGCCCGAAACUCUGUCCAAGCUCUGUGUGUAUGGCUUCAAUGCAAUGACCAAGAGAACUUUGGACCCCGUGAACUUCAACCUGAUCGACGGCUUCGAAGACCGUUCCCUGCUGGAAAGACUGUUGAGUGAUAGUUCGGUUCAGAUGCUCAAGACUCGACGUCUUCGGGAUGGAGUCUUCGACGAGUGUUGCCUGAAGUCGUGCACCAUGGAUGAGGUGCUGAGGUAUUGUGCUGCCAAGCCCAGAACGUAAACCUCGUAAACCUAUUAACCCAAUGACGACAACUGCGAUAACUGAAAAGGACUGAAAGGACACGGAUUGGGGAAAGCACUCACGUAUUCAUAGUUGUUAAGUCGUUAUCGAAGCCUACUCAAUUCCAAUUUUGGAUUUAUGAUAUAUAUGCACAUGUAAGUGGGAUGUAUGCGCAUAAUUUAUGAUCUGAAAUCAGAGACAGGCACGCGAAAUGAAUCGGAACACGGGAUGUUAUGCAUGUAGAUAUGUAUGAUUGUGCGGGGCCAGAAUACAUCGCCUGGGUAUAAAUUAUUAAAUAAAUUAUGUAUUCAAACUGCUGCA